AUGACCUCGCCUCCGCGCCUUCCACCGCCACGCCUCCGCAGCUCGCCGCCGGAGCUGGACGGCGACGUCAUCGCCGAGAUCCUCCUCCGCCUCCCGCCGUACAAGCCCGAGCUCCUCAUCCGCUGCUCGUCCGUCUGCAAAUCCUGGCGCCGCCUCCUCACCGACCCCGCCUUCCUCCGCCGCUACCGCGUGUUCCACGGGGCGCCUCCUCCCAUGCUUGGCGUCCUCUUCAACCUGGACCUCCACCGGAACUGGAGGCGCAUCGUCGCGCGGUUCGUCCACCGGGCCUCCUCCUUCCGCCCCCGCGCCCUCGAGCACGACGGCUGCUGCGUGCGCGACGCCCGCCACGGCCGCGUCCUCUUCCGCAACCCAGCAUACGAGGAGAACGACCUCUUCGUAUGGAACCCCAUCACGGAUGAGCGGUGGGAGCUGCCCCUGCCGGUGUCGGUGCUCUCGUACGCGGCCUGGAACGUGACGGUGCUCUGCGCCGCGGCCGUGCGCGAAGGCGGCGGCGACUGCGACCACCUCGACUGCCACGGCGGGCCAUUCCUCGUGACAUUCGUGGGCACCGACGACGACGGGGUCACGUGCGGCCGCGUCUACUCGUCGGAGACCGCCGCCUGGAGCGACGCGGCCUACGCUGAGCAUCCCGACGACCUCGCCGACAUGGACACGAGGCCCUGCGCGCUCGUGGGGAACAGAGUCUACUGCCUCGCUGCAGGCAGUAUGACGAUCGUGGAGUACGAUUUGGACCGCCGGAAACUCGCGUUCAUCGACCCGCCCUCAGCGUAUGAGGGUCACGGUGUGCUCAUGCCGGCGAUGGGCGGAGGAGGUCUGGGGUUCGCCGGCGUGCGGGGCUCCUGCCUCUACCUUUGGUCGAGAGAGGCUGGUCCAGACACAACCCCGGCAUGGACGCAGAGCAGAGCAUUGGAACUCAACACACUGCCUGGUGGGACCUCCUUGAACGAACCUACUACGGUUGGAUUCGCCGAGGGCCUCGGCGUCAUCUUCGUCAGGACAGAUGCUGGCGUCUUCAGGAUUAAGCUCAAGUCAGGCCGAGCAAAGAAGAUGUCAAGCAGAAGCAGCAUCGACGCUGUCAUUCCUUACAUGAGCUUCUACACUCCAGGUGAUUUUUAG